CUUGAAAUUUGAGAAAUUCAAUUUAAAUCUGUUAUCUUCCUCCCAACGGUCAGAUUAUUCGAAUUGCAUCUGCAAUUAUUGUUUGUGAUUGAAUAUUCUGUUUGAGGUUUUGAGUUUAUAGCUGCUGUUUGCUGUUGUUUAUAAUUGCUUCUAUUUGGGGAGGUCUGAUUCGAAAGCAGACGAUAUGGCAGACGAGGAUCAAAAUGGCACACUGCCUUCUACCAGCACGACACCACCUCCCGCGACCACAGCCUUCCUCAAAGACAGCGAGACCACGACAGAACAUGAGACAGACGACGCGAUGACGCCGACGCCUCUUGAACCGAAUAUCCAGAGUCUGGAUAGUCUUGGUGUGCGAACGAUGGAGCAAGAUGAUCUUGAACGGAACGUGGCGGCGCAGGCUGAUCAAGCUAUUAAUAAACGCGAGAAAGAUCUAGAUAUGAAGCGUUUGGAGAAAUCUCUCACCCAGAAACUAAAAUUCGUCGAGAAAAUCAACAAACUCGAAGACCGCCUCGGCUCACGCAACACGACUCUUUCCGCACGCGCAAAGAUCAUCGACGAAAUCGAACACAUCCGCACCGUCGACCUCGCGCCCAUCGACCAAGAUAUCUCCGACAUCCGGCACCGGAUCGACGAGCGCGAGCGCGCCGCCGCCGCCAUGGCCGGCCAUCAUCAUAACUCAGAAGCAGGUGGUGAAGUUGCGGACGCGGCGCGGUUGCCGAAUGAGUCGGAACGCGAGUUUUUGAUACGGACGGGUAAGAUCACGCCGUUUUCGAAGAUGGCGGGUCUCGAGCGCCAGGCGGGACGGGCAGCGGACGCGGCGCACGCGUCGGCGCAGGUGAUUGCAGAGGCGGAGAGUAGCGCGCAGACGACGGCGGCGGUAAGCAGUGGUGCGGCAGCGGGGAAGGAUAUGUCGCAUCAGAAACUACGGUUGCCGGGGCUUGAGUUUGAUACCUCUGACGAGGGCGAGAUUGAGGAAGACGAGGAUGAUGAGGAAGAGCUUGUUAGUCGGAUCUCUGCCGAGACGAAGAUUAGACGGCGGAGGUUGAGUUCGUCGGGUGGUGCGAGCGGGCAGCGGAAACGGAGGAGGGUGGAUGAGGAUGAGGAGGAUGAGGAUGCGGUCGUCAAGGAUGAGGAUGAGUCUGCGGAAUCUGAUUUUGUGCCAGACGCGGACGACGAUGACGAGGCGCUGGAAGACGAGGGUGAUGACGAUGAGUUGCAAUAUGCCGCCGAAAUGGACGACGACGACUUUGAAGACGAGGAACGCAAGCCAAAGGCGAGAAAGAAAUCGUCAAAGAAGAAGAAGAAGGAGGAGGAGAAGGAGGAGUUACCGGAAGCAGACGAUGGCGAUGAGAGUUACUAUAAAGAACGUCUGCAGAGAUGGGUAUCCCGACGUUCCGCGUUCCGGAAGAAAACCCGUCUCCGUCGCGAGCAAGCAGGCGGCAGCAGCAACAACGAGGACGGCUCUGACUCGGAUACAGAGGAAUGGUACCGUCGGCACCCGAAAAUCCGCGAUCUGGAGUUCGACGGCGGGUAUCGGCUGCCGGGCGAUAUCCACGCCAGUUUGUUUGACUAUCAAAAGACGUGCGUGCAGUGGCUUUGGGAGCUGUAUUCGCAGCGCACGGGCGGGAUUAUUGGCGACGAGAUGGGGUUGGGAAAGACGAUUCAGAUUAUUUCGUUCAUUGCGGGAUUACACUACAGUGGGAAACUUACAAAGCCGGUGCUGAUUGUUUGUCCGGCGACAGUGAUGAAGCAGUGGGUGAACGAGCUGCAUAGGUGGUGGCCACCCUUUCGCGCCGUGAUUUUACAUUCAAGCGGGACAGGCAUGCUGAAGAACGCCGAGCAGGCGGAUGAGCUGGAUAGACAGCUGAGUAAGCGGCAAGGCAAGCUGAUUGACUCAAAGUCGAGCCAGGCGGUGAAAAGGCUGGUGAACCGCGUGGUGGCGAAGGGACAUGUGCUGGUGACCACCUACGUCGGCAUGCAAAUCUAUCGAGACGCGAUCCUGCCCAAGGAGUGGGGCUACUGCGUGCUCGACGAAGGCCAUAAGAUCCGCAACCCAGACUCUGACAUCUCGCUGGUGUGCAAGCAGGUGAAGACGCCGCAUCGCGUGAUUCUGUCGGGAACACCGCUGCAGAAUAACCUGACUGAACUGUGGAGUCUGUUUGACUUUGUCAGUCCCGGCAGAUUAGGCACGCUGCCGGUGUUCCAACAGCAGUUCUCGGUACCGAUCAACAUCGGUGGCUACGCGAACGCGACGAACGUGCAGGUGCAGACGGCGUACAAAUGCGCGGUCGUCCUGCGGGACCUGAUUUCGCCGUACCUCUUGCGGCGGAUGAAGGUCGACGUGGCGGCCGACCUGCCCAAGAAGACCGAGCAGGUGCUGUUUUGCAAGCUGACGCAGCCACAGCGGGACGCGUACGUCAAGUUUCUAAAGUCGGGGGACAUGUCGUCGAUCAUGUCCGGCAAGCGGCAGGUUCUGUUCGGGGUCGACAUCCUGCGCAAGAUCUGCAAUCAUCCCGAUCUCGUCAGCCGCGAGAUCCUAAGCCACAAGGAAGGCUACAACUACGGCUCGGGCAACAAGUCCGGCAAGAUGCAGGUCGUCAAGAGCUUGAUCCUGCUCUGGAAGCAGCAGGGCCACCGCGCGCUGCUGUUUUGCCAGACGCGGCAGAUGCUCGACAUUCUCGAGAAAUUCAUCAGCGGCCUGCACCCGAGCGUGCGGUACCUGCGCAUGGACGGCUCGACGCCGAUCGGAUCGCGGCAGACGCUCGUGGACGAGUAUAACAACACGCCCGAGAUCGAUGUGUUUUUGCUCACGACGCGCGUCGGCGGGCUGGGCAUCAAUCUGACGGGCGCGAACCGCGUGAUUAUCUACGACCCGGACUGGAACCCGUCGACGGACGUGCAAGCGCGCGAGCGCGCGUGGCGGCUGGGGCAGCAGAAGAAAGUGGCGAUUUACAGGCUGAUGACGUCGGGGACGAUCGAGGAGAAGAUCUACCACCGGCAGAUCUUCAAGCAGUUUCUGACCAACAAGAUCCUGAAGGAUCCGAAGCAGCGGCGGUUUUUUAAGAAUAAUGAUUUACAUGACUUGUUCAGUCUUGGAGAUUCGGACGCGGACGGGACGGAGACCGGGACGCUGUUUGCGGGGGCGGAGGUUCAGUUGAAUCGUGGGGAGCUCGAGUCGGUGGAGGAGAGUAAGAAGAAGAAGAAGGUGAAGGAGACGGAGGCUAUCAAGCAGCUUACAGGCGUUGCUGGUCUCGAGAAGUACCGCACCGAGGAAGAAGAAAACAAAACCACAGAACCAACCUCCUCAACAGCCGCCGCUCCAGACGAAGAAACACCCGACCCCUCGUCCACCGGCGCCGACGACGGAAUAAUGGAAAGCCUUUUCGCGCGCUCGGGAGUCCACAGCGCGCUCGAGCACGACGAGAUCAUGAACGCGUCGCGGCCGGACGCGAUCCUGGUCGAGCGCGAAGGAGCGCGGAUUGCGGCGGAUGCAGCGCGGGCGUUGCGGGAGUCGCGGCGCGCGAUGAGAGCGACGGGGGCGGGCGUCGGGACGCCGACGUGGACGGGGAGGAGCGGGGUUGCGGGGAGAGAAGAUGGUGCAGGUAGACGAGCGGUCGGGGCGCGGAGUAGGGAGGGUGGUAGUGCACCGCCUGCUACAUCUACAUCUAGUUCUAGAACAUCAGGAUUGCUUUCGCGGCAAACGUCGUCAAGGGUUGGGUCGGGAGGUAUUUUGGCCAGGCUACGUGAUAAAAAGGCGCUGGAGGAGCAAGAGUCUGCGCGAAGACGGUGAUGUGUAUGAUGAUCUAUGAUGAGGUGGAGAGUGAAAGAGAUAGUAUUUAAUAAAUAAUAAU